AUGCGGGUCCGCUAUCCUUUCGCAGGAGCUUUCGUUUUCCUCCUCAUUCUCGCGGGAUACAUCGGUCUUCUUCCACACAGCGCCUCUUCAUCAAUUCCCACAAAUCUCCAACCAAAUGACAAGUUCCUCCACCUCUUUACCUUCUUCCUGUUAUCUGUGACCUUCUACUGGACCUUGGAUACCUCCAGGCGGCGCACUCUACACAUGACCCUACUGGUCUGCACACUCGGUCUAGGAAUCGGCUCGGAGAUUGUGCAAGGCUUCCUUCCCAAUGACCGAACCUUUGACCCAUUCGAUGUCGUCGCCAAUGUCGUCGGCAGCCUGGGCGCCGUGGGUCUGUGUGGCUGGUACCACCGCCGCAUGCUAGAACGUCGUCGCAAGAGCCGCUUUGGCAUGGUGGAUGGUGGAGAAGAGGAUAUCGAGCUUGGUGUUGGAGUGGGUGACUCCCGAGAAGAGGACGGGCUGGGACCGCAAGAGUCUGGUGUCACGAACUUGGAGCAAGAGGUGGAUAAUUGGGAUGAGAAUGCCGUCGACAAUUGGGAUACUGAGGAUGGUCCGGAGCCAACCGAGCACCAAGCUGCGCCUCCGAGCUACCAUGAAAGCCAACCAGCUGGAGAAGGCGCUACGAAACGUACCGACUGA